AUGACAGAGGAACAGAGACCAAUUAGGCUUGCAGUACUAGGGGGUGAAUCUACCGGUAAGACAUCUUUUAUCUCCAGACUUACAUUAAAUAUUGUCCAUGAAUCGCAUUAUCCCACUCGAGAUCAAACAAAUUGGCUUUUUGAUUACAUACCACAUUCAAAAUUGGCAAAGACAAUAUUAGACGGACAAGCUCACGAAAGGUUAUUACGGAGAACUCCAAAUUCACAACGAUUAGAACCGAUUUUCAAGUCUCCUUUGGUAUCUCCUAAUGUAUUAUUGUCACCAUUAGUGUUUCAAGCAUUUAUCGAUAAUUAUACAUCAAUGAAGACACAAUCAAAGAAUAAAACUAAUUCAAGUAAUUUUUUCAUGAAGAAUUUAGAUAUUAAAAAGACAAACUCCAAUAAUGAUAAUGGGAGUGACAAAAAUUUACAAGUACGAUACUUAUCAUCACCAAAUGCAUCACAGUUAUCACUCUCAUCACAAUCACAACAGGCCUUAACUCAAUCGGAAGAUGAAGAGAGCAACAUUCCGAGUAAUUAUAUUCCUCCUUCAUACUCACCAAUCCCUAUUGAUAUAAUUGAUACUCCAGGGUUUAACCCUCAGAUGGUGGUUCCAUUUCUAGAGGUUUCUUUAUUUAGAAACCUAGAUAAAAGUAUUUUGAAAGGGUUAGCUAAUGAGCCAAGACAACCAGUAUCCACGCGUACAUUGUUAGUGGCGUCUGGUGCAUCCGAAUUAAAUGGUAAAAUAGAUGGGUAUAUCCUAGUGUACAGUGCGAUUCCAGAAGUUUCUCAUCAUAGUUUAUCUUUACCACCAGAAUAUUCUAAUGAACUAGAAUCUAAUGAGGUUCGGACUUCAGAAGAGGAAGAUCCAAGUAAAGGAAGUUCUGAUGAAUCUAAUGCCGGUGGAUUUCAAAUAUUAUUAAACAUCAGGUCAUGUAUAUUAGAUGCAUGGGCAGAAUAUGUUAAUUAUAAAGAAGCUUGGGAGAAAGGUAAAGAAGAUGAUAUUUAUUCUUUAUUACAUAAUUUCAAAAAUAUUUGGAAAUCGCAAGAAUCAGAAUCAACGAAAAAUUCUAAGAUAAAGGAUUUGAGAACUUUUAAAACGAUAUUACCAGAAAUCGAUCUAAACCCAGCAUCUCCUACCUCCCCACCACCUUGUAUUAUUGUGUGUACACAUGUUAAUGAGCCACUGGCAAGUCCAGUUCUUAUAAAAAGGGGUAGAGAUUUAGCAACUCAGUGGAAUUGUGGAUUUAUUGGUGUUAAUAAUAUCAAUGAUUUUAACGUGGAUGUGGCUCUAAGUUUGAUAAUUAAAGAAAUUGUUGAAAAGGAGAAACUCCUAUCGCAGAGAAGGAAAAGUACUACAGAAUCCAAUAAUGAAUACGUUAAUGAUAAUAUGUUCACAAAUUUAAUUAAGAAUUAG